GCAUUGUUUUGACCGAAACUUAGACUAGAUUCUUAUCCCCCAAACUCUCAUUCUCCCCCAAACCCUUAAAAUUUCCCCUAAUCCCUAAUCGUUCCCCAAACCCGACCACCUACGACGUUGCCGUCUCCUCUGCUGCAUCAUAGUCUCCGUCCGUCUCCGGUGCCGCAACCAUUGCGAUUGGGUUUAAUGUAGACUGAAAUUUUGUAAUCUCUUCUUUUCUAAUGCUGAUCAAAGAGUAGAGAAAGGGGAGGGAAAUUUUCUUUUCAUUAUUUCUUCUUCUUUGUGCCAGAAUCAACAAUUUAAGAGAGGUCCAUUCAUUGUUGCUGCUGGAGGCAUAUCUAAUAUAUUUCUUCAUAGGCUUGCUGAGAACAUUCAAGAUGCUUAUGCUGACGCAGCUAGCAUUGCUGAAUAGCUGCUGUUGCUUUCUUUUUGCCACCAUUUCUUUUCUUUUUCAUGGUUUCUCAUUUUACCAUUUGUUGCCUUCACCAUGGAGAUGGAGAAAAGGCUUCUCUUUUCACUUCUUUUAUUCUCCCUGCUUCUUCUUUUGGAUUCCUCUUCAGCUCAGAUGCAAGCCUCCAGAUUUGAAAAAACAAGAGCUUGCUAAGCGUUACUCAAAGAGGGCAGAUGCUACUGAGGAUUUGCAAGAAGCCAUGGAGGUAUUUUUCUUUGGUCAAACAUGGAGUGAUAAGUAAAGUUUUCUUUUGUUGUUUCACCACUACAGAAAAUUAAGGUGCUGUUGUUUUUAUUAUUAGACUUGAAAUAAGGACAUUGAAAAAUUAAAUAUGUAGCCAAAAUUUUGUCAGCUGUCAGUAGUAGAUACUCGUAGAGUUCAAUCAAUUCAACGCUGCAAGAAAACGGAAGCGUGUGUAUAAUAACCGUAUUUGUAGUACUAAUUUUUUUAUAUAAUAAUGAAAGGAAUAUAUGUUCUUUUCCCGUAUAAUGAAA